GGAGGAGGGUUAAAACGGUAAAAAGAAGCAAACCCAUUUCAUUUGCUUGUUGUGAUUGUUUUCCUUUUUCAUCUGAAUCUGUGAUAUAUCAUUCGAGCUUUGAAUGCUUCUCCCUCCAUAACAACAACAACAACGCUCUCUUAAUCUUUCUUUUUUCAUUUCCAAUGCUGCAACAACUUGCAAGGUUCAUAUGCAGCACUACGACAGACCCAAUUGAAUUCCCACAAAAGAAUUAAAGAAAAAACGGUCAAGUUAGAAUCUUUUGAACCUUUCGAUCGCGUGGGAAGGAAGAGAGGAAGAUGGGUGCGUACAGAGCGGACGAUGAUUACGACUACUUGUUCAAGGUGGUGUUGAUCGGAGACUCGGGCGUUGGAAAAUCGAACCUCUUGUCUCGAUUCACGAAGAACGAAUUCAGCUUGGAAUCCAAAUCCACCAUUGGCGUCGAAUUCGCCACCCGCAGCAUCCACGUCGAUGACAAGAUCGUCAAGGCGCAAAUUUGGGACACUGCUGGCCAAGAAAGAUAUCGCGCAAUCACAAGUGCAUAUUACAGAGGAGCUGUUGGUGCACUGCUUGUGUAUGAUGUUACCAGACAUGUGACUUUUGAAAACGUGGAGAGAUGGUUAAAGGAGCUUCGCGAUCACACAGAUGCCAACAUUGUAAUCAUGCUUGUGGGGAACAAGGCGGAUCUUCGUCACUUGCGUGCAGUGGCCACCAACGAUGCCAAGGCGUUUGCCGAGAGAGAAAACACGUUCUUCAUGGAAACAUCUGCUCUGGAGUCCUUGAAUGUCGAUAACGCCUUCACCGAAGUGCUCACUCAGAUAUAUCGCGUUGUUAGCAGGAAGACUCUUGAGAUCGGAGAUGACCCUGCAGCCUUGCCUAAGGGGCAGACCAUCAAUGUUGGAAGUAGGGAUGAUGUCUCAGCUGUUAAAAAGUCUGGAUGCUGCUCUGCAUAGUUUCACAUGCCCUUUUGCAGCAGAACAGAAUAUCUAUAUGUGCAUGAUCCCACCAAUUCUCAACAUUUUGGGGUCCUAGUGAAAUAUUUUAAUACCUAGCCUUCUCUUUUUAUGUAAUUUUCCCCACAUAUAUCUUGGCAAGUUAAUUGUUUUCUCUUUUUUUCCUUUUCUUUUCUUUUCAUGUAAGCAUUGUUUGGUCAUAGGAAUGAUGUCUUGUCGUCCUUAGAUAUACAAAAUUUACUGUUUGUAUUGAGUGAAAGUGAUAUUUGGUUCUCAGAUUGAUCAGAAGUUACUAUCUCAUCAUUCUUCAUUAA